AUCAUAGAAGAUUUAGAGGCGGGGUUUGGAUUGUUUUCUUCCGGUAUCUCGCUGUCACCGAAAAUGGCUUCACUUGACAGGGUAAAAGUUCUCGUUUUAGGGGAUUCGGGUGUGGGAAAAUCCUCCUUGGUUCAUUUACUUUGUCAGAAUCAAGUUUUAGGAAAUCCAUCUUGGACAGUGGGCUGCUCAGUGGACGUACGGAUACAUGAUUAUAAAGAAGGAACUCCAGAAGAAAAAACAUAUUACAUUGAACUCUGGGAUGUUGGAGGGUCUGUGGGCAGCGCAAGCAGCGUCAAGAGCACUCGGGCUGUCUUUUAUAAUUCUGUUAAUGGUAUUAUAUUAGUGCAUGACUUGACAAAUAAGAAAUCUUCCCAAAAUCUUUACCGGUGGUCAAUAGAAGCACUGAACAGAGAUUCAUCACCUACUGGAGUUAUUGUCUCAAAUGGGGACUAUGACAGAGAACAGUUUGCUGAAAACCCAGUGCCUUUGCUCUUGAUAGGCACUAAAUUUGACCAGAUUUCAGAGAACAAACGCAAUGAGGUCUUGACUCGAACAGCCUUCCUUUCUGAAGACUUCAACGCAGAAGAAAUAAAUCUAGACUGCACUAACCCACGCUACCUUGCUGCUGGAACAUCAAAUGCAGUCAAACUGAGUCGAUUCUUUGACAAGGUAAUAGAGAAGAGAUACUUCACAAGAGACCCAAGUCAGAUGACAGCGUUUACCGACAGGAAGAGGUUUAACUUUAAAAGUCUGCACUAUGACUAAAUCCAGGAACCACUGGGCAGCCUGUGGUUUGGCCAAAAUAUUUGUAGGUUUUCUCCACCAGUGUCCAUUACUAACUAUACUGUCUAUGUUUUUUCAAUUAACUGACUUUUUACGAAUAUUACUCAGCCUUUUUCUGUAACCCUCAAAGAUGUGGAAAAAAGACAAAUAUAGUGUACUAAAAAUAUGUUUUGGACCAAUUUUUUUUUUCUUCUUUAUUGUUUUGUUGUAUAAAGAUCUUUUCAAUACAUUGUUAGUUUUUAAUUGAAAUGAUGAUUGUAAUAUU